ACAGACAGCAAUCUUUCCUUUGGUCAACAAGUCGUCAACAACUCUCUCAGCUUUCUCUUCCUACCUCCUACCCAACUCACCUCAAUUCAACUGCAACAAUGGGUCUCUCCGUCUCUCGUCUGCUUUCUGGCUUGUUCGGGAAGAAGGAGAUGCGCAUAUUGAUGGUUGGUCUUGACGCAGCUGGUAAGACCACCAUCUUGUACAAGUUGAAGCUUGGAGAGAUCGUCACCACCAUCCCCACCAUCGGAUUCAAUGUCGAGACCGUUGAAUACAAGAACAUCUCAUUUACCGUGUGGGAUGUCGGAGGUCAAGACAAAAUCCGCCCCCUGUGGAGGCAUUACUUCCAAAACACCCAGGGUAUCAUCUUCGUCGUUGACUCAAAUGAUCGGGAGCGUGUGUCUGAGGCUAGGGAAGAACUGCAACGGAUGUUGAACGAAGAUGAGCUUCGCGACGCCCUGCUCCUUGUCUUCGCCAAUAAGCAGGACUUGCCAAAUGCCAUGAACGCCGCUGAGAUUACUGAUAAGCUCGGUCUCCACGGGUUGAGACAGCGAACCUGGUAUAUUCAGGCUGCGUGUGCCACAUCUGGAGAUGGUCUGUAUGAAGGUCUGGAGUGGUUGAGUGCCAACAUCAAGCGUCGGGUAUAAUUGUUUUCUGUCCUCUUUGGGUAUCCCAUCAGCGUUGCUACACGUGUCACGAUUCCCUUCACCUCAACGAAAACGUAUGCACCGCUGUCCGAGUCGCUCUCUAGUCAAUUCAUUUUUUCACACCUCUUUCCCGAUUCUUCUCGGUUUCUAGUAUCCGCCAAGGCUUGAGCAGAGUCAUUUCCCUCUUAUAGAUCAUGAACCUAUUAUACAUGCUAUAACUUACAAUCC